AUGGCGGUAAGAACAAUAAAUGGCUUUUUUUUUCUGAUCGGUUCCCUUUUCCCUCUCUAUAUCUCUCAAUCCAGCACCCUCAACAACAACAACAUCACCCUCAUCCCACUGUCCAGCUUCAACCACAUGCCCAAGCUGCGGACACUCCGCCUGCACUCCAACAACCUCCACUGUGACUGUCACCUUUCCUGGCUCUCUGAUUGGCUCAGAGCCAGGCGGGGCUUGGCUCCUUUCACCCAGUGCAUGGCCCCUGCCCACAUGAGGGGCCUCAACGUCCCAGAUGUGCAGAAGAAGGAUUUUGUCUGCAAUGGCCCAGCACAGACAGAGCCGAGGACUUGUGCUCCUCAGGUAGCCGUGUGUCCACCGAGCUGCAGCUGUAACAACAACAUCGUGGACUGUCGUCGGAAAGGACUAACCGAAAUACCUGCCAACCUCCCAGAGGGCAUCAUGGAGAUUGACCUGAGUAAGAACCAGAUUUCUGACAUCGCUGCGGAUGCUUUCAGUGGUCUUCGUUCGCUCACCUCUCUGGUGCUUUACGGAAAUACGAUUACUGAGCUCCCAAAGGGAUUAUUUGAUGGACUGGUCUCCCUGCAGCUGCUGUUGCUAAAUGCCAACAAAAUUAACUGUUUGAGAGUCAACACCUUCCAAGACCUGCAGAACCUCAACCUUCUGUCGUUAUACGACAACAAGCUGCAAACCAUCAGUAAAGGACUCUUCGCCCCCCUGCGCUCCAUCAAGACUCUUCACCUGGCUCAGAAUCCGUUCAUGUGCGACUGUCACCUGAAGUGGCUGGCAGAUUAUUUGUUUGACAACCCCAUUGAGACUAGCGGGGCCCGCUGCAGCCACCCCAGAAGGCUGGCUAACAAACGGAUCAGCCAGGUCAAAGGCAAGAAGUUCAGGUGCACAGGUCAGGAGGAUUAUCGCAAUCGUCUGAGUGGUGAUUGUUUUCAGGACCUGGUCUGUCCAGAGAAAUGCCGUUGUGAAGGCACAGUGGUUGAUUGCUCCAACCUCAAACUGACCCGAGUACCUCCACACAUCCCUGAACACACCACUGACUUGAGGUUAAACGACAACGAAAUUGCCAUCUUGGAAGCGACAGGAAGUUUCAAGAAGCUCCCAAACUUAAAGAAGAUCAACCUGAGCAACAACAAGCUGAGAGAUAUUCAAGAAGGUGCAUUUGAUGGAGCAGGAGGAGUUUUAGAGCUGCUGCUAACUGGAAACAAGCUAACUGGACUGCAGGGACGCAUGUUCAGAGGCCUCACUGGCCUGAAAACUCUAAUGCUGCGGAGCAACCAGAUCACCUGCAUUGACAACAGCACAUUCACAGGUCUGAGCUCAGUACGCCUGCUGUCGCUGUAUGACAACAGGAUAUCCAGCAUCGCCCCGGGAGCGUUCUCCACCCUGCAUUCCCUGUCCACCAUUAACCUACUAUCCAACCCGUAUAUGUGUGAUUGCCAUUUGGCCUGGCUGGGUCAGUGGCUGAAGAAGACCAGGGUGGUGAGUGGAAACCCUCGCUGUCAGAAACCAGCCUUCCUGAAAGAGAUCCCCAUCCAGGAUGUGGCUACCCCAGAUUUUACGUGUGACGGUGCUGAGGAUAAUGGUUGCCUCCCUGCAUCUGGUUGUCCUGACGUCUGCACGUGCUCAGAUGGUGUUGUGCGAUGCAGUAACAGAGGGCUCCACUCUUUGCCUAAAGGCAUUCCCAAGGACACCACAGAGCUUUACCUGGAGGGUAAUAUGCUGACAUCUGUGCCCAAGGAGCUGGCCGCCCUGAAGCAGCUGUCGCUGGUGGACCUGAGUAACAACAGUAUUAGCACAUUGGCUCCGUACACCUUCAGCAACAUGACACAACUAGCCACACUCAUCCUGAGCUAUAACCAGAUUCGCUGUAUCCCAGGCCAUGCCUUUGAUGGGCUCAAGUCACUACGCCUGCUGACUCUCCAUGGUAAUGACCUGUCAACUAUCCCAGAGGGGGCUUUCAACCACCUCACUUCUCUCUCCCACCUGGCCCUUGGUGCGAACCCUUUGUACUGUAACUGUGACUUACGCUGGCUCUCUCAGUGGGUCAAGGCUGGCUUUAAAGAGCCUGGGAUUGCUCGAUGCACUGGACCCCCUGACAUGGCUGACAGACUAUUACUCACCACACCACUCAACAAAUUUCAGUGUAAAGGUCCAGCGGAUAUAAGCCUGAUGUCAAAGUGUGCCCCCUGCUUGGCAGCCCCCUGCCAAAAUAAUGGCACCUGCGGUCAAGACUGCGAAGUUACGAUCAACGCCUGUAUAAGCUUCCCCUGCUCUAAUGGAGGAACCUGCCACAUUCAGCCCGGCCAUGAAGACCAUUUUAGAUGUGAAUGCUUACCGGGAUAUGUGGGCCAGCACUGUGAGCAGGACUAUAAUGACUGUUUGGAGAAUAAAUGUCAACAUGGCGCAGAGUGUGUGGAUGCUGUCAACGGCUAUACCUGCGUCUGUAAAGAGGGUUUCAGCGGGCUCUUUUGUGAGAACCCCCCGCCAAUGAUCUUGCUGCAGACCAGCCCCUGCGACCAGUCUGACUGCCAGAACGGUGCCCAGUGCCUGGUGGUUGCUGGGGAGCCCAUCUGCCGCUGCAUGCCUGGCUUCUACGGCAAUAAAUGCGACAAGAUGGCUACCGUUCACUUCCUGGGUCGGGAUGGGUACGUGGAGCUGCCAGGCGCAAAACUGCGCCCAACUGCACAUAUUUCAUUACAGGUGGGUUUACCCUCUGAACUCUGGUCAUGCAAGUCGGGUUUACAGACCGAAGCGCAGAUCCUGGAGGCCUACAAAUUCUCUUGCAUAGUGGCCACAGAUAAAGACAAUGGUAUUCUGUUGUACAAAGAGGACCACGACCCCCUGGCGCUGGAGCUAUAUCAGGGACACAUAAGACUCAUUUAUGACAUCGCCAACUACCCACCAACCACUGUGUAUAGGUGUUAUUUGGACUUGGACACGCAAUACAUCCACUGCCACCUGGUGGAGCUUUCGUCUCACGACAAGUUUGUUGCUCAAUGUGUGCCUGCUUUUGCAAAUGCAUAUCAGCUACAGUGUAGCCACAACGUCGAGUCAGUGAAUGAUGGCCUUUUCCACACAGUUGAGCUGUUGAUUCAGAACCGCUCACUGAGCCUGGUGGUGGAUAACGGUGCCCCGAAGAGCCUGGGCAAGCUACCCCGCCAGCCCUCCGUUGACCACAACACUCAGCUUUACAUCGGAGGCGUACCAUCCCAGGUGGUGGCCUCGGGCCUACGACUGGGCCCCGAGCGUGCCCCCCAGACUUUCAAUGGCUGCAUCCACAAUGUUCAGAUCAACUCUGAGACACAAGACUUAAGUCUUCGAUACACAGGAGGAGGACGACAACAAGGGGUUCGAAGCAAGCAGGACGAUGGCAUUCUGGCAGGAUGUCACUCUUGUGGUGUGUGUGCACAAGGUGCUUGCAGACAGGAAGGGGAAACAGGGGUCACUUGUGACUGUCCUCCAGGACGCGGUGGGGCUCUUUGUAAUGAAGUGACGGCCUCUAAUCCCUGUCAGGGCAGCAGGUGUGUUCAUGGCCUGUGUUUACCAAAGGGUCAGUCUUACAGUUGCCAGUGUAACGAAGGCUAUCAGGGUCAGUUCUGCGACCGACGGCAGGAACCUGCGGCCUGCAGGGGUCAGAAAUGUGGACGGGGCGAGUGUCGUGUGUCAGAAGGAGGCGAACCGGCGUGCCACUGUCAGCCGGGCUACGCCGGACCGGCCUGUGACACAGAGCUCAAAUGCCAGGGUGAAAUGGUGAGGGAGCAGCUUAAGCGCCACCAAGCCAUGAGAACAUGCACGUCCACCAGCAAGAUACCCCGCAUGGACUGCCCCAGAUCCUGCCAGGCUUCAGCGCCCCCUGGUGUCUGCUGCGGCGUCACCAAAAGCCGACGGAGAAAAGUGGUUUUCCGCUGCACCGACGGCGCCUCGUACUCCGAGGAGAUGGAAACCGCUCUGGAAUGCGGCUGCUCCAAAUGCCCGUUGUAA